AUGACACAGUCUAUGGAAACGGUCUAUGGGUUUUCCAUGGCGAGCAGAGGCAGCUUCAGCUCUGAGUUCUCUGAGGAAGAACUGGAGGUGAGUCCUCAGGGAUCCGAGGGUCUGGACAGCAGUGAUGGCAGUAGCCCAAAAAGCUGUUACCCCAACAGCACCCUAAACGAGCCAGAGGAAAGACAGACAAAGAAACGCAGAAGGCCGGUGCGUUCCAAAGCCCGCAGAGUGGCAGCCAACGUGAGAGAGAGGAAACGCAUCAUGGAUUACAACCAGGCCUUCAACGCACUCCGGGUGGCACUGCAUCACGACCUCAGCGGGAAACGACUGUCCAAGAUCGCCACACUCCAGAGGGCCAUCAAUCGAAUCUCUGCUCUCUCAGUCUUCCUUACCAACAACCCACCAGCAAGUGUGGCAAAACCCUGCACCCACUUGGAGUGCCCCAGCGGCUUGUGGCCAGAGACGGAGCCAUCGCCCCCUUUCCGUCAGGAGUUCCAGAACUUUCUGUCCUGGCAUCAGCAGCUCCCCCACCAUAUCCAAAACCCCUUGCACAGACUGUCCUCAGAGCAACACAUUUUAAUCAAUGGACAAAGACACACAGGCCCCGUCUGUCCCCCGUCCCCUCACUACCCCUGUUUCUUUCCCGAGGCAGGACACUGUGGGACACCUCCCAGCAACACGGCCAGCCCAUCCAGAUAUGGGAGACUAGGUGACUUUGGCUGGUAUCAACCAGGAUUUUGGGACUCUUGUGCCCCAAGUCAAUUGGACAAUUAUGGAGAACCACACCAGAUGGCCCAUCUUCCCUGGCACAUGAGCUACCUGCAGGAAACUCAACAUUGCCAGGACAGACUCUGA